GAUCGAUGGAUGGUGGAUGAAAUCUGGGCAUGGAACCGGGGUCUGCGCUGACCGGCUUAUAUUUCCAGCCUGACAUCCUUCCUGGCGUUCCCUGGUGCCCUCGCUCCCCGGUCCUGCCUUGUUGCAGACAAAGUCAAUCAUGAGCAUGACUCGGUUUCUAUACUUCACUUUGCUGUCGGGGUUUAUCCCCUGGUCUCUGGCUUCUCCAGAAGGUCAUCUACACCCCCGUGAUGAUGAAGCCUUCUCGCCCCCCUAUUACCCGGCCCCAAAGGGGGGCUGGUUAUCCGAAUGGACCGAUGCGUACGAGAAGGCAUACAAGGUUGUCAGCAACAUGACACUAGCGGAGAAAGUGAAUCUUACCACAGGAACCGGCAUGUUUAUGGGUCCCUGUGCCGGCCAAACCGGGAGUGCCCUUCGAUUCGGCAUUCCCAAUCUGUGCCUUCACGAUUCGCCGCUGGGGAUCCGCAAUUCCGAUCACAACACUGCCUUUCCCCCCGGCGUCACGGUUGGUGCCACCUUCGACAAAGACCUUAUGUACCAGCGUGGUGUUGAACUCGGACAAGAAGCUCGAGGAAAGGGAGUCAACGUCCUCUUGGGCCCGGUCGUCGGUCCUACCUUUCGCAAGCCGAGAGGAGGCCGCAACUGGGAGGGCUUUGGCGCGGAUCCGAGUCUGCAAGCUAUCGGGGGUGCCUUGACCAUCAAGGGGAUGCAGAGUACCGGGGCUAUCUCGUGUCUCAAGCAUUUCAUCGGCAAUGAGCAGGAAAUGCACCGGGAGAGUAGUGUGAUUACGCAAGGGUACUCCUCGAACAUCGAUGACAGAACCCUUCAUGAAAUCUACCUGUGGCCUUUUGCGGAGGGUGUCCGAGCCGGGACCGGCUCGGUGAUGAUGGCCUACAACGACGUCAAUCGGUCCACCUGUAGCCAGAACAGCCUCCUCAUCAACGGAAUCCUCAAGGACGAACUGGGCUUCCAAGGCUUCGUUGUGACCGAUUGGCUCGCCCAACUCGGUGGCGUGUCGUCCGCAUUGGCCGGUCUCGACAUGAGCAUGCCAGGCGAUGGGGCCAUUCCUCUGCUCGGAGACAGCUACUGGGGCUCGGAGCUUUCUCGUUCGAUUCUCAAUGGCUCUGUCCCCAUUGACCGUCUCAACGACAUGGUCACCCGCAUCGUCGCCACUUGGUACCAGAUGGGUCAGGACGAAGACUACCCCCUGCCGAAUUUCUCCAGCAACACUCUCGACGAGACUGGGCCUCUCUAUCCCGGAGCCCUCAUCUCCCCCUCCGGUGUCGUCAACCAGUAUGUCAACGUCCAAGGUGACCACAACAUCACCGCUCAUGCCAUCGCCCGAGACGCCAUCACCCUUCUCAAGAACGACAACCACACCCUCCCCCUCUCCACUGCCGACUCUCUGCACAUCUUCGGCACCGACGCCGGGCCCAACUCCAAUGGGCUGAACUCAUGCACUGAUCAAGGCUGCGAUAACGGCGUCCUCACCAUGGGCUGGGGCAGCGGCACUUCGCGUCUGCCCUACCUCGCCACCCCCCAAGAAGCCAUCGCCAACCUCUCCUCCAACGCCCAGUUCCACAUCACCGACUCCUUUCCUUCUUCCCUGUCCGUCAACUCGUCCUCUAUUGCCCUCGUCUUCAUCAACGCCGACUCCGGCGAAAACUACAUCACCGUCGAAAGCAACCCGGGCGACCGCACCACCGCCGACCUCUACGCCUGGCACAAUGGCGACGACCUCGUCACCGCCGCGGCUGCCAAAUUCUCUCGCGUCGUCGUAAUCAUCCACACCGUUGGCCCUCUUAUUCUGGAAUCUUGGAUCGACCUCCCCUCCGUCAAAUCCGUGCUUAUCGCCCACCUCCCUGGCCAAGAAGCCGGCUACUCCCUGACGGACGUCCUCUUCGGCACAUAUUCCCCCAGCGGCCACCUCCCGUACACCAUUCCCUACCAAGAAUCCGACUACCCCUCCAGCGUGGGCCUCCUCGACCAAGCAUUUGGCCAAAUCCAAGACCCCUUCACGGAAACCCUCUAUAUUGACUACCGCCACUUCCUCCAAGCCAACAUCACGCCACGCUACCCCUUCGGCCACGGCCUCUCCUACACCACCUUCACCUACUCCUCCCCGGUCCUCACCCCCAUUAACCCCCCGAACACCACCUACCCCGCUACCCGCCCUUCCAAAGGCCCAACCCCCGUGUACCCUACCUCCCUCCCCAGCCCCUCCGAAGUCGCCUGGCCCUCCACCCUAACCCGCAUCUGGCGCUACCUCUACCCCUACCUCGACAACCCGUCCUCCAUUCCCUCCAACUCCUCCACUGCCUACCCCUACCCCUCCGGCUACAGCACCACCCCGAAACCCGCCCCCCGCGCCGGUGGCGCGCAGGGAGGGAACCCCGCCCUCUGGGAUAUCGCCUAUUCCAUCCAAGUCACCGUGACCAACACGGGGAAUUACAGUGGCCGCGCGGUGGCACAGCUAUACGUGGGACUACCCGGAAGUGAUGUGCUGGGGAUCGACACGCCCGCUAAACAACUCCGACAGUUUGAGAAGACGGGGACACUGGCGCCAGGGGAGAGUCAGACUCUGGAGUUGACUGUGACAAGGAAGGAUUUGAGUAUUUGGGAUGUGGUGAUGCAGGAUUGGAAGGCUCCGGUUGAUGGAGAGGGGGUUACGUUUUGGGUUGGAGAGGGGUUGGGGGAUUUGAGAGUUGUUUGUGUGGUUGGGGAUGCGUGUGGGGAGGUUGAUGUUUCGUAGGAAAUAUUCUUUAUAUUGAGG